UUUUUUAAUCGUUUCCUGUUAUGUAGAAUAGAGGUGACCCAGCAGGGGGCGUCACCUUGCUGCUGAAAAGGUUGGAAGUUCCCUCACAGCAUCCCGGAAUUGUCAUCACGCCACUCGCUCUCGGCCUUUUUUUUUUUUACAAGUACAAGCUCCCCGAAACACAAAACACAACACAAUCCCGUUAUUACUGUAAAUAUUAACGGAGUUUACCGCCGCAGUGAGACGUGAACAGCAGUGAUGUCGGACUUCAUUGAGAGCGAGGCAGAGGAGUCAGAAGAGGAGUUUGAAGAGAAAGACCUAAAGCCUAAAAAGACCCAGAGGUUUAUGCAGGAAGAUGAUGAAGAGGAAGAAGAGGAGAACACAGAGGACCAGGAUGAGCAAGGAAAUCUACGCGGACUCAUUGAUGAUGGAGAUGAGGAGGGGGAAGAGGAGGAAGAAGAACGUGAAAAAAGUGCAAGUGGAGGGGGGAGUGACUCAGAGGAAGAAGUGAGGCAUCGACGUAAAAAGCGAAAUUAUGACGACUACCUAGAUGACGACGAUCUCGACCUUAUUGAGGAAAACUUGGGUGUUAAAGUGAAAAGGAGGAAGAAGAAAUAUGACCGUGUAAAAACACUGGAUGAUGAUGAAGAAGAUGAUGAUGAGAAGGACUUAAUCGCAGAUGAGAUCUUUCAUGGAGACGCAGAGGGUGAGCUGGAGGAAGGAGAGGCUGUGGAUGAACCUCUCCAUCACGCAGAUGACGACGAAGAAGGAGAGGACGAGGAGUCAGAUAUUGACGAUUUUAUUGUGGAUGAUGAUGGCCAACCCAUCACGAAAAAGAGGGGCAAGAAGUUCUCAGGCUACACAGACGCAGCCCUCCAGGAGGCCCAGGAGAUUUUCGGUGGCGACUUCGACUUUGCUGACUUUGACGCGGAUGCCUACGACCAGGGAGAGGAGGAGGAAGAGGACCAGGAUGAGGAGGGCUGGGACAGACCCAAAAAACAGACCAAGAGGAGGCAGGGGAGGAAGAGCAUCUUUGAGAUUUACGAGCCCAGUGAGCUGGAAAGCAGUCACAUGACCGACCAGGACAAUGAGAUCCGCUCUACAGACAUGCCUGAGAGGUUCCAGUUACGAUCCAUCCCAGUUAAACCUGCCGAGGAUGAUGAGCUGGAGGAGGAAGCCGAGUGGAUCUUCAGACAUGGCUUCUCCACUCUUACCAUAUCCAUGCAGGAGAGCACAGAUUAUCUAGACAGGGGAACGACCACAAACUUCAGCAGGAAAGGCCCCAGCACGAUUGCCAAGAUCAAAGAGGCCCUCAACUUCAUGAGGAAUCAACAGUUUGAGGUUCCGUUCAUAGCUUUUUACAGGAAAGAAUAUGUGGAACCAGAGUUAAACAUAAAUGACCUGUGGAAGGUGUGGCAGUGGGAUGAAAAGUGGACUCAACUGAAGACCCGGAAGCAGAACCUGACCCGUCUGUUUCAGAAGAUGCAGUCCUACCAGUUUGAGCAGAUCUCUGCUGAUCCUGACAAACCUUUGGCUGACGGCAUCCGUCCUCUAGACACUGCUGACAUGGAGAGGCUGAAAGAUGUGCAGACUCUUGAAGAGCUGGGAGAUGUGUACAACCACUUUCUGCUCUACUAUGGCCGAGACAUCCCCAAGAUGCAGAAUGCUGCCAAGGCCAACAAGAAGAGGCUCAAGAAGAUCAAAGAGGUGUCAGAGGAUGGUGAAGAAGAGGAACUGGAGGUAGAAGAAGAAGAAGAACAGAAAGGACCUGACCUCAAGCUGGCAUCUCGUAGGGAUAUGUACAGCAUCUGUCAGAGCGUUGGACUUGAUGGCUUGGCUAAAAAGUUUGGGUUAACUCCGGAGCAGUUUGGAGAAAAUCUGAGAGACAGUUACCAGCGUCACGAGACAGAGCAAUUCCCUGCUGAGCCUGUGGAACUGGCCAAAGAUUAUGUUUGCAGUCAGUUCAGCACUCCAGAGGCAGUGCUGGAAGGAACCAGGUACAUGGUGGCCAUGCAGAUUGCUCGGGAACCGCUGGUCAGACAUGUUCUCCGACAGACCUUUCAGGAGAGAGCUAAGAUCAACAUCAAACCCACAAAGAAGGGCAAAAAGGAGAUCGACGAGGCUCAUUUUGCCUACUCCUUCAAGUAUCUUAAAAACAAGCCCGUAAAAGAGCUGAAUGGGGAUCAGUUCUUGAAGAUGUGCCUGGCAGAAGAGGAGGGGCUGCUUUCUAUUGACAUCUGUAUAGAUCUUAUAGGGGUCAAAGGGUAUGCUGGGGACCAGACAUACUUUGAUGAGAUCAAACAGUUCUACUACAGGGACGAGUUCAGUCACCAGGUGCAGGAGUGGAACAGGCAGCGAACUUUAGCCAUAGAGAGAGCUCUCAAUCAGUUCCUCUACCCGCAGAUGGCCAAGGAGCUCAAGAGCAAACUGAUCGCUGAGGCCAAAGAGAGCAUUGUCAGGUCCUGCUGUCGCCGGUUGUAUAACUGGCUCAAGGUGGCUCCUUACAGACCAGAUCAGCAGGUUGAGGAGGAUGAUGAUCUGAUGGAUGAGAAUCAGGGCAAAGGCAUUCGGGUACUGGGUGUAGCCUAUGCACCCAGCAGAGAUACACCAGUUUUCUGUGCUCUGAUUAACGGGGAAGGAGAGGUGGUGGACUUCCUGCGUCUGCCCUACUUUAUGAAGAGGAGGAAUGCCUUCAGGGAGGAUGAGAGAGAGAAGAAGGCCAAUGACAUCGAAAAUCUUAAGAAGUUUCUGUCAAGCAAGAAACCUCAUGUGGUAGCUGUUGCUGGAGAAAACCGAGAUGCCCAAAUGAUCAUGGAGGACAUCAAGAGGACUAUCAGCGAGCUUGAACAAGAGUCCUCUCUGCCGGCUGUAGGAGUGGAACUUGUUGACAAUGAAUUGGCCACGUUGUAUAUGAACAGCAAGAAAUCUGAGGUUGACUAUAGGGAUUACCCUCCCUUGUUGCGACAGGCUGUGUCGAUAGCUAGGAAGAUCCAGGAUCCCCUGGUGGAGUACGCUCAGGUCUGCAGCACUGACGAGGAUAUUCUCUGCCUCAAACUACACCCGCUACAGGAACAUGUGGUAAAGGAGGAUUUGCUCUCUGCGCUUUACUGUGAAUUCAUCAACCGUGUCAAUGAGGUCGGAGUAGACGUGAAUAGGGCCAUCGCCCAUCCUCACACUCAGAGCAUGGUCCAAUAUGUCUGCGGUUUGGGACCAAGGAAGGGCUCCCACUUGCUCAAGAUUCUGAAGCAGAACAACACUCGUCUGGAAAACAGAACCCAGCUGGUCACUAUGUGUCACAUGGGACCCAAGGUUUUCAUCAACUGUGCUGGUUUCAUCAAGAUCGACACUGCAUCACUUGGAGACAGUACGGAUUCCUACAUCGAGGUCCUGGAUGGUUCUCGUGUCCACCCUGAGACGUACGAGUGGGCUCGUAAGAUGGCUGUGGACGCCCUCGAGUAUGAUGAGUCGGCAGAAGAUGCUAACCCAGCCGGAGCGCUGGAGGAAAUCUUGGAAAAUCCAGAACGUCUCAAAGAUCUGGACCUGGAUGCCUUUGCUGAAGAGCUUGAGAGACAGGGUUAUGGCAACAAGGGAAUUACUCUAUAUGAUAUACGUGCCGAGCUGAGCUGCAGGUACAAAGAUCUGAGAGUUCCCUACAGAGUCCCCAACACUGAAGAGGUCUUCAACCUGCUCACCAAGGAGACUCCAGAGACCUUUUAUAUUGGUAAACUGAUCACCAGUAUAGUAACUGGUAUCGCUCACCGGCGGCCUCAGGGAGAGAGCUACGACCAGGCCAUACGUAACGAUUCUACAGGGCUGUGGCAGUGUCCCUUCUGCCAGCAGGACAACUUCCCUGAACUCAGCGAGGUGUGGAAUCACUUUGACAGUGGAUCGUGUCCGGGUCAGGCAAUCGGCGUGCGAUCCAGGUUAGAUAACGGCGUCCAGGGAUUUAUUCCCACCAAGUUUCUUAGUGACAAAGUGGUCAAACACCCUGAGGAGAGGGUCAAGGUGGGAAUGACAGUUCACUGCCGCAUAAUGAAAAUCGACAUAGAAAAAUUCAGCGUUGACCUCACAUGCCGUACCUCGGAUUUGAUGGACAAGGCUAAUGAGUGGAAGCUCCCCAAGGACAGCUACUAUGACUUUGACACAGAGUCUGAAGACCAGAAACAGGAGGAGGAGUUCAAAAAGAAGCAACAGCGAACACCAUAUAUAAAGCGUGUGAUCGCCCAUCCCAACUUCCACAAUAUCAGUUUCAACCAGGCAGAGAAGAUGAUGGAGACCCUGGACCAGGGAGACUUGAUCAUCAGACCAAGCAGCAAGGGAGAGAACCACCUCACUGUCACCUGGAAAGUGGCUGAUGGCAUCUACCAGCACGUGGACGUGAGAGAAGAAGGCAAAGAGAACGCAUUCAGCUUAGGACACACACUCUGGAUCAACAAUGAAGAAUUUGAAGAUCUGGAUGAAAUCACUGCUCGGUACAUUCAGCCAAUGGCAUCAUUUGCCCGGGAUCUACUGGGGCAUAAGUACUUCCAGGAUUGCAACGGGGGAAACAAGGAGAAAAUGGAGGAGUUACUGGUCAGGACAAAGAGGGAGAAGCCUACUUUUAUUCCUUAUUUUAUUUCUGCCUGUAAAGAUUUGCCGGGAAAGUUCAUUCUGGGCUACCAGCCUCGCGGAAAACCACGGGUUGAAUAUGUGACCAUCACCCCAGAUGGCUUCCGCUACCGUUCACAGAUAUUUCCUACAGUAAACGGACUAUUCCGCUGGUUUAAGGACCAUUACCAAGAGCCUGUACCAGGCAUCACUCCCAGCAACAGCAGCCGAACAAGGACACCUGCGUCCCUGAACGCCACCCCGGCCAAUAUCAACAUAGCAGACUUGACACGAGCUGUCAACGCCCUCCCACGCAACAUGACUUCUCAGAUGUUCAGUGCCAUCGCCGCAGUCACAGGCCAGGGCCAGAACCCCAACACCACCCCCGCACAGUGGGGCUCCAGCCAGUACGGCUACGGUGGCAGCACAGGAGGAGGAGGAGGGAGCUCCUCCGCUUAUCAUGUAUUUGCCACACCUCAGCAGCCCAUGGCGACGCCCAUGAUGACGCCUAGCUAUUCAUACACCACGCCGAGCCAGCAGGCCCUGGGCACGCCGCAGUACCCCGGCUCCACCCCGCAGUCGUCACACUCUCACGCACACGCCCAUCCACACGUGUCACACCAUGGCCAUCACGGCCAUCACAGCAGUCACCACGGCCACUCAUCCGGCACUCCGUCAUCCUCCACCUCGUCCAGAGGACGGACGCCACAGCAGCAGCCAAAGGCAAGCGGCAGCAACGCCUCCGCAGUUGACUGGGGCAAGAUGGCGGAGCAGUGGCUGAAAGAGAAAGAGGCGGAGGGCCGGAAGAAAGCCCAGAGGAUGACGCCACGACCGUCACCCAGCCCUAUGAUCGAGAGCACACCCAUGUCCAUCGCCGGAGACGCUACACCUCUGCUGGAUGAAAUGGACCGAUAGGACACACAGGGGGGCGUCGCUACAACCCCCCCUACUCAACUCCAACCUUUGUACUGCUCCUUCAUCUGGAUAAUCCUCCACCUCUUGUCUCCCCCACCACCCAUCAGCCCUUUCAUCCAGCUGACCACUAGUUGGAGCCCACUCCAUCCAGCUGACUGUUCACUCAUAUGUCCUCCUCACUUCAUGAUGUAUGAUCCUCUUGUGCUCCUGUCUACCCAUCUCAUCCCAAAUGUUCCACCUCUUCACCUCCAGCCAGCUGCUCUGGCUGCAUAGUAUUUUGUAUAGUCAGAAUAACACUGUAUAUGUCAUGCAGAAAGUCAGUACAAUGACAAAAAAAACUUGAAAUGUCUGACAAUUGCAUAUAGGAUAUGGACCUACACAGACUUUGUCAGACAAGCUGUCCUGUUAUCUUUAUUUUUGCAAUUGGUUUUAGUUUGAUCCGUGACUGGUUUGACUGAGGGGCACAGUUACUGUUUCUAGAACCCACCUUUCCUCCUUUAUGGUUGAUGGAUUUUUGGAAACGGUUGCCAAAAGAGUGCUUUGCCAAGCCAAUCGGGUAAUUGAAUUUUUGUAUGGAAUGCGUCAGAAUGAAUAAAGACUGUUUUUUUUUUCUGUUUGAAACUUAAAGCCUCUGAUCUUCACAUCUGUCUAAGCAAACACAUCUGCGACAGUACAGACACACACAUGCCCAGUGUGAGGGAUGAGACUUAUUGAAUAAGAAAAACCUUCUUGUCAGCUUCCCUCAUACGUGAGUUAUUGCUAGUUGUUUCCACCAAAUGCUGUAUUAUGAUCAGCUCAUGUAUUUUGGCUCCUGUAGAUAGCCUCUAAUGUAUUGUUGACUAUUGAAGAAUGCUUGGUGGACACUUGCCAUGCGCCACACCCCGAGGUAACAGUGCUUGUUGAUACUUCAUGUGCGUUAGCUCACAUUUUAAGGCAGUUGAUUUUAUUAACAAUAUCUAACUGGCAAAUUUGCCAUAUCAAACAAGCAUCCUUGGCAGUUUGUCAGACGGCCAUUUUUAUAAGUUUAUUCAAAUCUGAAUCUCUUGUAUCUUAAAUGUUUGCAGUUGAGCAAAUAUUUCACUAUUGACGUUAUUUUGUUUGCCACCUUGAGAGAUGUGAUCUCAUACAUGGCUGCUGCACUUCACUCCCAGACAGUAUCGCUUCUCCCACUGAAUGUUCACAAAGACGUUUUUCCACGGUUGCAACAGUAAAAUUCAGAUGUUUGAGUGGAUGAAUUCAAAUUUCUCUCUUAACACUAUCAGCAGAAGAUACUAUCAAACAGACUUCCUCCUGUGUUUAUAUCCCUAACUGUAUAAUAUCCUGAGCUGCACGCAGCUGUUUCCGUAGAGUGAAUAUAUCGUUGUUAAAAACACAUUGAAUCUUUUGUGAUUGUCAUGCGACAGUUUCAGGCCACUCUGCAUCCCUCUUGGCUUAUGCAUUCGGGUUUGUUUUUUUUUUUUUGUUGUUGCUGUGCCUCUGUGCCACAGUACAAACAAGCAGCGCUGGUAUUCAAUGGUGUGCUUCAUUUUGCAGUGUGCAAACUAUCAUGGUCCCAUUAAUAUGCAUAUAUGUUUUAAAUAAUUAUGUUUGUUUUGAGUAAACUUGGUUUUACGUCUCUUGCCAGAUUAAGAUGAAGCAUCUUUCUCACUGAGGCUGUGAUUGGUCGUCAGCAGUAGUUGGGUGAUGGAGGAGAAAUGAUGUCUCUGGCACUGCUGAUGACCUUUUCUACCUGUGAUCCCUUUAAUAAAAGUGUUCAUAUUA